UAACGCGUAGACAUUUUAUCUUUCGAAUGAAGUGUCAAUCAUACCAUUUCGUUCAGCUGUUUAGGAGCUAUUAACGCUCAAAAUCUCGGUCUCCGGCGUAACGCUUUCGUUUUCGAAACUUUGAUUUUACACCCCGGUAUAGAAAUGAAAGACGUAGUCCUACGUCAAUACACAGAAAGUGACGCAACCUCGACCCAUACAUACAUUUUGUAUUUUCCAGGAUAACCCUCAAAAAAAUUUACUCGCUUAUCGAGAUCCCACGCUUUGAUUCGUCUAUAGACGAAGAACCACUUGAGGAACCAUCCAAUAGUGAAGAGGAACACUUGGAUAUCGCGUGGCAAGAGAAAGUUUUCAGUAAAUCUGAAAUUGAUUACUAUAGUGCCAGAGACAACUGUCAUACUGAAUUGCAAAAUGCGUACUAUCACAAGAUCAAAUCGUCACGGCUGACUGAGCAGAAAUCGAGAGGAAAAAUUUUCACCUAUACUGCGGCCGAUAAUUUCGCUCUUGAUGAGGAAUUAUGUGCCACCAUCGGAAACAAAACGGUCCAUUUGGAUGAUGAAAAACUUAAUAUGGAAACUAUGUUCGUUAUGGCAGAUCUUGAUACGGAAGAAUUGUUAUUUUCACUCGCUUGGAACAGCACUGAAAACGUCCUCUUCGUUUACCCGGAUUUCAAUUGCAUGAAAAUUAAUCCCUACUACAAGGAGAUCCAAGGAGAUAGUCGUCAAAUGUAUCAUUUUGGAAUAAAAAAUCUUAGUUUCAAAAAAUGGAUUACAUGUUCACAAGAAACCGUUGAGAUUCGUGAUGUCUUUGCAUCUAAGAUCACACGAUUCAACAUUAGAGAUAAACUGUCGAAAGACAAUUUCGAAUAUCCAGAAAAUCAUCAGGUUCAGUUUUUGAUUCUUCUGGAAAUAAUUUCUGGUACAGGAUUUUCAUACAGUGACAUCUUCAUACGAUACCGACUUGAUAUACCGUCAGCAGCUAAAAUGAUUGCCGGAUUCGUGGAUGGAAGCACGCACAGUACAAAACAAUGCAAAGGAAGAUGGCUCUAUGGUCAUUGUCAUGAAAUUACACUACAAUUGCCGGAAAACCAUAAGACAAGCGAUGAUUGCGUUAGAAUAUACUUCGAUAUUAUCUCCACCGAUAGUUGGAAACGGGAACGGUUGUUAGGGAAUGCAUACCUCCAAAUAUCGACAUCGUUUCUCAAUACUAGUUUUGAGCGUGACCUUAUAUGCAGCAAAGUUCUAAACAAUGGAACAAUUUUUGAUAAACUGGAAGCUUUCCUAGUUGGUGGACGAAGAGAAGUUAAAACAUUAAAUUUCUAUGGACAGAAUGAUUCGUUGCUUCUUAAUCGUUACGGAAGUCGUACCGAACAGGCGGGUCAUCUUAAAAUUAAGUGUCAAGUAAUACAACAACAUCGGCCCCAAGCGAUUCACAUUUCUGCGAGUACGAAAAAACGUAACAAGUUGAGCUCUAACUUAAUUACUAUAGAAGAACUGCUGUCAUCUUAUCACCAGGCUCGUGAAAGAUUAGAAGAAAUUGUAAAGCUUGACUAUUGUUGAGUUGUGUUCGUAUUUUCAAAUGUUCGCAUGAUUCAUGCCCAAAAAUCUUGCUCAUCUCCCACUGUUCACAAAGUGUUGUUUAAGCACCACCCUCGCGUUUGACAUGUACAUAUAUAAAGCGAUGUUGCCAUAUUUUUGCAGACUUCUGUUAUUUACCUCAAUUCGUCACAGAUAGCAAUGAUGCGUUGUGGAGUAUUAUGAUGGUUGUUCAGGAAAAAAGCAUAAAAGAUAAGAAAGUACUUAGUAUAGAUUUUUACUUUUUUUUCAUACGGGCGUACAAAAAGAUUGGACAGGCGCAUAAUUUGGUUGUGUUUUCUUUCGCUGUAUGAGCAACUCAUUUUUAGAUACUCUCUCCUAAUAUUGACAUAUUUGCUGAAAACCUGUAGCGCCAGAGUUCAUUCGGACAAAUAAAAUUAGAAAAUGGUUGUUAUCAUUGUGUGUUAAAACAGGCUAACGAAUUGGGUGUAUAAAUUAAGA